UCCUGCCCUGGGCGCGGUCCCUGGCACACACGGCAUCUGAUAGCCUGCCGUGGCACUCUCUCACUCUCACUCACUCUCACUGACUCACUCUCACCCGAUUUUUCCCCUCACUCCAGUUUUUCCUUAAUAUUCAAACACUCUCUUUCAUUUGUUUCGCUCCCCACUUUUACUCUCCCUCUCUCUCUCUCUCUCUUUUCUUAUUGUUUUCUGUAUUUCCUUAUUCAUUCAUACUUUCCCUUAUUCACUUUCUCUAUUUUCCCCCUCACUUAGUCUUAUUCCUUCAUAGUUUUUCUUAUUUUUUCUCUGUUUCCCUCAUUCUGUUCUUUAUUCACUUUCUCCCUCUUUAUCUCCCUCUCACUCCCUCACUAUUUCCCUCACUUUCUCCCUCACUCCAUCCCUCCCUCCCCCUCACUCUGCCCUUUACACUUUCCCACACCCUUCCCAUUCCCCCUCCCCCUCCGUGCCCCCUCCACACACACACACACACACACACACACACACACACACACACACACACACACACACACACACACACACACACACACACACACACGGAGUAGUUCCACCUUAAUCUCUACACAACUCCAGUCUGAGUGCCAAAGGUGGAGUGCCACGGUCUGAAGGGUCAGUGCCAAGUGGAAAGUGGAAAUACUGUGUGCCUGGGGCCUCAGGCGAUGGAAAGGUCCCUGGCUUCACUCCCCGCCGCCAGACAUGCCCCAAAGGACUUGCUGGUGAGCUCCCGCGCCUCUGAGAAUGUUGUACGUUAAGGACCUCGCCGCGGGUAUCCCACACCACGAGGAAGGACUCCAGCAGGACCCCCGACCCCUCCCUCACGUGGACCCUUGCCCCCCGGCCUUCACCCCCCCACGGAUCCGCACCCACGCCCUCCAGCACGCGUGUUGCUCAGUGGCCGCGCCUCGCCCCACGCCCCCACGCCUGCACGCCCCGCCCCCACCCCCGCCUGCCCGUACACUCCAGCGCCGUGCAGUGCGGGCGAGUCAGACGCACGCCAGUCCUUGCACGCCACGCACUCGCCUCUCCCACUGCCUCACUCGCCUCUCCCGCCACUCUCCCAGCCUCACUCUGUCCUCUCCCAGCAUCACUCGCCCCUCUCCCAGCCUCAGUCCUUCCCUCAGCCUCAGUCAGCCUUCUCUCUGCCUGACGCGGCCCACUCCCACCAUCACUCGCCUCUCUCUCAGCCUUUCACGCCCCUCUCCCAGCCUCCCUCAGCCUACCCUCACCCCCACACCCCCCUGGACACCCCGCCAGGCAGCACAGGGAGGCUGGAUAACCCAGAACACACCAGGAUAAUUAGGAUAGCAAACGCAGGCACGGAUACCCAGAAUGAGGACACGCAACACCAUCAACACCUGCAUCUGCACACACCCCCACCCACUCACCCGCCAUCACCAGACACCGACGACCCCACACACCCCUACACCACGUCUGAAGGGGUGUAUAUACUUCACACCUACGAGAAUUUACGCACCACAUCAACACCUGGGAGUCAACACCACCAGUCAUCACCACUCACCACUUUAUCACCAUCACCACCAUCACCACAAGUCACCAUCCCCAUCCAGGAUAACAGCCACGAGCAGUCAUCACCACGCCACACCACUAAGACGGAGAUUACUCAUCACCACAGCGACUCAUCACCACCGUCAUCACCAUCCCAGUCACUGCAGGCCGCCAUGAAGCCUAUGUUCUAUCUCCAUGACUCACCACUAUCAUCACCACCACCAUCACCACCUCCACCUUACACCAUCAACCCACUGUACUACAACUACCACGCGGAGACACCACAUCACCACGCUAUCACGCAACACCACACGUCACCAUCUUCACUAUCAUCACCACAUCUCUGUAACCCUACACAUGCUUCCACUAGUGAUGACACGUGCCACACACCAUCCUCAUCUUCCUCAUCAUCACUAUCAUCACCAUCACACACAAUAGGGCAUUAUAGGGAGAGAGGCCAAAAGAUAGUGGAGGAAGAGGAGGAGGAGGAGGAGGAGGAGGAGGAAGUAGUAAAUGAUGAUGGAGAGGAGGAAAAGAACCGGAGGAGGAAAAUGGCUACCGUGCUAUGGCCAUUUCCUGCUGGUGAUGAAAAUGGUGAUGACAGUGAUAGUGAUGGUGAUGCGAAUAAAGAAAAACGAGUGAAAACUAUUGGAAAAACCACUACCGAUACUGAUAGUGACAAUGAUGAUGAUGAUGAUGAUGGUGAUGACGACGAUGACAAACACAGCAGAGACAGCGGCUGUGGGGAUAAUGACAGUGACCACAAUGAUGACCAAGCCAAACCAACAAUCAAGACACCAUCCUUCACGUCACCACCGGAACCGUCACCACCCAAGAGAAGACUGUCCCUCAACACCACCAGCACCACAAACAAAGUAUUCGGAAGGAAACUAUCAGAGGAAAGCAUUCGAGUCUUCAGGAGGCAAAGAUCACAGGAGAUUCUGUCGGCGAGGCGUGCUGCAGCCGCCAAGAAGUCCUGCAGCGUGGAUGAGGGCGUGGGGGCUAAUGUGCUGGGGAGGCGUGUGUCCAGCGAGGGUCUUUUUGCGCCACUUCGAAGACUGUCUGAGUUGAGGCAAAUCACACACACUCUUGGGCUUCAUAUUCAUGGGUCCCUCCUUCACCUGGCCACGGAGAAGAGCAGGAAGCAGUCCGAUCAGAUGGUCUCGCUGAGCUUCAGGACACUCGAGUCUUACAUCAACGAGGACAACUUGGUCGGCCUGCAGACCUUCCUGGCGACGAGAUCUGUGGUAAUAGAUGAUAAGGACGAGAAUGGCGCCACGGCUCUCCACCUCGCGGCCAGCAGGGGCAAGCCAGAGCUAUGCAACGAACUUAUCAUUCACGGCGCAGAUGUUAAUGCUGAGGACAAUGACCAAUGGACAGCUGUCAUCGUGGCGGCGCGCGCGGGUCACAUGGACACAGUUGCCACGCUGGUGGACCACGGCGCCAACAUCCACCAGAAGGAUAUGGGUGGCUGGACGGCCUUGAUGUGGGCAUGCUACAAGGGUCACAGUGAGCUGGCACGCUACCUGCUGACCCGAGGCGCUGACCCGAGCACGCAGGGUCAGCACCACAUGACAGCGCUGGUGUGGGCGGCUGGGAGAGGUCACACAGAGAUCGUUCACUACCUGCUUGACCACGGAGCGAAGGCAAAUGUAGGAGACAAGUUUGGCACCACACCUCUCAUCUGGGCGUGUCGCAAGGGCUACUAUGCCAUCGCUGAGGACCUGCUGAGGCACGGCGCCAGUGUGGACGCCUCGGGCAUGUACUCCUGGACACCCUUGCUGGUGGCAACGCGAGGCAACUAUGUGGACUUGGUGAAUCUGUUACUGGAGCACCGUCCAAACCUCAACGCGAUGGACAAGGAUGGCGGCACGGCUCUCACCAUCGCCUGCAAGGAAGGGUACACAGAGAUUGCCACAGCGCUCCUCAACAGUGGUGCUUAUGUCAACAUGCAGGACCGCAAUGGAGACACAAACCUGAUAUACGCGGCGCGGGGUGGCCAUCGUGCUGUGGUGGAGGCCCUGCUUAAGAAGUACGCCGAUGUGGACAGCGUGGGCAAGGACAGGAAGACAGCACUAUACUGGGCAGUGGAGAAGGGGCAUACCUCUGUGGUGAAGAUCUUGCUGAGUGCCAACCCCAACCUGGAACACACCACCAAGGACGGGGACACCUGCCUGCUGCGUGCUGUGAGGAACAAGAACGCAGAGGUGGUGCAGCUCCUUAUAGACAAGAAGAGCAAGGUGAACGUGGCUGACAAGAAAGGCGACACAGCACUCCACAUAGCCAUGAGGGGACGCUCCAAGAGAAUAGUGGAGAUCCUGUUGAGGAACCCCAAGAACAGCCAGCUCCUGUACCGCCCCAACCGUUCCCUGGAGACGCCCUACAACAUUGACCUCUCCAACCAGAAGACCAUCCUCGGACAGAUCUUUGGAGCCCGUCGCCUCAACACCAAUGAGGACAAUGAGAACAUGCUUGGGUAUGACCUGUACUCCUCCUCGCUGGCAGACAUCCUCAGUGAGCCCUCCCUAUCCAUGCCCAUCUCAGUCGGCCUCUAUGCCAAGUGGGGGUCCGGGAAGUCAUUCCUUAUACGUAAACUGAAAGAGGAGAUGGGGAGCUUCGCCAAGCAGUGGGUGGAGCCGCUGUUUCAGAUCUCCCCUCUGGCAGUGCUGGUGGUGGUACACAUAGCGCUGCUGAUGGGCCUCAUCACUGCCGUGCCCUCCUUCAACCUCAUUGUGGGGUUGGCAGUGGGCGGCAGCAUCUUCAUUCUCCUCACCUUCUUCCUCUUCAUCAUUAGUCACAGCUCCAGAAGAUACGACUGGAAUCUUUGGUACCGCUGGAGUGUGGGGCUGGAACGGCAGAUGUCGGCCUUCAAGUUGGUACUCCAGGUUAUAUUUUGCUCUCCACCUGGGGCGCAGCGGAAGGAGUGGAAGGAUGGAGUGCAGGCGCGGCCACUGAAGUUUAUCUUUGCUGAAGGGGCCAAGCCGAGCAGUACAGCAGCGGGGGAGAACUCAGUGGUGCAGAUGCUGGGCUCUCUCUUCGACAUGGUAGAGAGAGAGUAUGGGAUGUUUGCCACCAGAUUCUACCGUGCAUUUAGACCCAAAGCGCAAGGCACCUCCUCACCCUGGAAGUACCGACGUCUCUGUGGCAUUCCUUACGUGGUCAUCUUCUUCGUGACCUUGGCCUGCCUGGUGGUGGUGGGUGUCAUUGGUGGCCUCUACGGCUUUCACCCUGAGACGCCCCUGGAGGAUGGCGAGACUGGGGCCACAGAGACCAUGCUGGAGGGAGAUGACAUGGAGGAAGAGGACGAGGUGGCAAGUGGAGAGUCGAGUGAGGAGAGCGAAUACCAUGACAAGCAGCCGUACCACACACCCAUCAUUCCCAUCACCCCUAUCAUCCCUGUCACCCCUCAUUCUCUCCCUCCCAGACGGCCGUACCAUGGUCACCUCAUGAAUCCUUUACUGAUAACGCUUGGGGUGCUAGUAGCAGUGGUGGUGGUGGCCAACCUGCACACCCUCGUCAGAAUGGUGGGAUCCCUUGUCUUCUCCCAUCGUCGGCAUCUUCUGCGCUCCGUUGCCAAGCUGGACACAAUAAAGACAGAGGGUUACCUGCAAACGCUGAAGAAUGAAGUGAAUUUGAUGGUGGAAAUGGUGAAGUGUCUGGAUGCCUUCACGAUACAGCAGACUCGGUUAGUGGUGGUAGUGGAUGGCCUGGACAGCUGUGAGCAGGAGAAGGUGUUGUCUGUACUGGAUGCAGUGCACACCCUCUUCACCGACUCAUCUGCGCCCUUCAUCAUCCUCCUGGCAAUCGAUCCUCACAUCAUUACCAGAGCGAUAGAGCAACACGUGCACCGAGUCUUCAAUGAGUCUUCCAUUAGUGGCCAUGACUACCUGAGAAACAUUGUGCACCUUCCCUUCUACCUGCAGAACUCCGGCCUCAGGAAGGUGAAACAGGCCCAGCAGGCUGCUGAGCGCAUGAGGGGUCGGUCACAAAGCACGUGGCUGGAGGUGGAGACAGACUCAGUGAGCCUCGCCACCACCUCAGCUGUGGGAGGCAUCAGUCAUAUCCCCUUAGAGCGCUGUCUGUCCAAUGAUACCGGAUUCAGUAUCCCUAUCCCCGCCAACCGCCGCCUGUCGUCAGAGAGUGGCCUGAGUGCGUCCCAGAACCUGCGGCGUAACAACAGCAAGACCAGCCGCCGCACCCUCAAGCCAUCAGACUCCAUCGCAUCCAGCAUCGGCUCAAACCUCAACAGGGUCGGUGGUGCGCAGGAUCUGACUAAGGUGUUGCUGACGGACGACUACUUCAGUGACAUCAACCCACGGUCCAUGCGGCGAUUAAUGAACGUUGUCUACAUCACAGGAAGGUUACUUAAAGCAUUCCACAUUGACUUCAACUGGUACCACCUUGCGUCGUGGAUCAACAUCACAGAACAGUGGCCUUACCGUGCCUCCUGGCUCAUUCUGUACUAUGAGGCCCACGAGGAGGCGCUGGAGGAGAAGACCUCACUGAAGGACCUCUAUGAAAAAAUCAAGAACCAGGUGCCAAUCUCCAAGGACAUGGACCCACUGCUGGAGAUGGACAAGGAGGAGAAGAAGUUUGAAAUUUUCCUCUCCAUGCACAAAAACUCCCUGCACAUCUCAGACCUCAAGGUGUUCCUGCCCUUCACCAUCAACCUCGACCCCUUCAUCAGAAAGGUGAUCAAGGAGGACCAGCCCCAGUUUGAGGAUGGACCACAGUUCAUUGGUCCACCAGCUCCUUCCCCAUGGAGCUUCCAGCCAUACGACGGGGCGCCCAAGAGUGCCACCACCCCCCGCAGGCCGCCGAUGCGAGGCAACCAAAAGAACUCCACCGCCAGCCUGCCGCCGCUCAACCCAAUGAUGUGGGGGUAUGGUCCGCCACCCCCGUUCCUGCCCUCCAUCCAAUCCGCCUCUUCCGUCGACCUCCACCACAUGCCAAUCACCGUCAACCCAGUCGCCGGUCUCAGCCCCACCCAUGCCAGUCUGCCGCCUGAAGCAGCGGACAAGAAGCUCUCCACCCUGUCAGUCGAGGGGCUGUUUGAGGUGUUCAGCAAGGUGGAGGGUGUCAGUGCCUCAAUGCUCCCCACCUACAAGGAGAAGCUGCAAGAGCAUAACAUUAAUGGGAAGGUUCUGCUGCACUGUGACCUGGAUGACUUGAAAAAGGUACUUCACAUGAACUUUGGUGACUGGGAGCUGUUCCGCAUCCUGAUCCUGGGUCUGAGGGAACGGGAGGCUGACGACGACUAUCUCACCAAAAAUGUUCGCUUCGCCGACCCCUCCCACCCCCACCAGGAUGACUUGGACACUCCCGAUGGCUCCCUGGCCCCCAGCAGCCUCACCAGCCACCCGGGCAGCAUGGAGGGCUCGCUGGCAAGACGGGGAUCAAGCCGCACCUCGUCGAUGCACAGCAGCAGCGGCGGUGGCAGCAGCGGCAAGGAGAGGGAUGACACGCACAACUCAAUCCGCAAGGCUACCAAACAGAACCUCUUGGCUAAACAGGGAGAGUGGGGGAUGGGAGGAGGAAGAGGAGGAUUAGGAGGGAAGAGGGAGGGGAGGAGAGCAUCCAGGAAAGAGGAGGAAGAGGAACAAGCGGAAGAGGAGGAAGAUUCACAACUCUUGCCCAAAAUGAUCAUUCCCAAAAUUGUCAUUCAACAGGUGACCAUGGAGGAGCAGCUGAUCUUCGGGGCGCUGCAGACCCUGAACGAGGAGGCGUGUGAGGAUGUGCUGGAGGAGCAGGAGAAGCGGGGAGACGAGCCUCUCAUCGUGCCUGCCAUUGGCGAGAGCGGGGAGAGUGACGGCGGCGGGGGCGGGGGCGUGGUGAAGGACCUGGAGGUGGUGUACCUGCAGUCUUCCCCGCUGGUGUCCCACAAGGUAGUUACGGCCCCCACCUCUGACCAGGAGUCCACGGCGCCCUCUGUUGCCUCCUCCAGCUUCUCCCCCUACAAGUCCACUAACCCCUCACUGUCCAGGGCAUCCUCCAUCCGGUGCUCCUCCAGCCCCGCCUCCCCGAAGCACAGCGUCACGGAGCGCCCCCCAGGACUCCCACAGGGCAAGAAGGAGGAGGGGGGAACCGCCCCCCGCCCCGAAAAGCAACGAGAGCUCUCUCCGAUGAGACGGCAGUCGUCAGCCUCCGCCACCUCAUCACCACUACGCAAGGAACGCCCUCAGUCACUGGUACUAGAGGGCACCAAGCUGACCGCCUCGAGCCCAGCCACGCCGCACACUGACCUCCCCCCCUCAGGCACUCCCUCCCUCAUCUCCCUACCAGACGUGCCGGAAGCAGCCGUUAAACACGUCUCCCUCACUGAGCAGCUGUCCGCCACGUCGCUGGAGAAGCUAAGGAGACUGAAACACCGUCUGCACCGCGCCUUAGGAUCCCAUGAAGUCGUCACGAGGGAUUCUAGUGAGGAAGCAGAAACAUCACCGCUUGUUCUCGCCACCCCCGCCUGUCACCUCGCCCUCCACGCUCCCCUCCCCAGUGCUCCACACCCCUGACUCCCCUAAUGCUAUGUUCAAUGCUAAUCACUACUCCCAAGACCCCUACAGCCGCCCUCACACGCCUCUGCUUCGUCAGGACGCGCUGGAUCCCUCGCCCACCAUGUCGCAGAUCACUAUUAAAAGCUCCUCCCCCUCUGACAGGGGAAACUCCUGUCUGACACACCCAGGCCCCCCCGCCCCAGCUGCCCCCCCUCCCGCACCCUGGGGAGUGGAGCAUCUGGGGCAGGUGAGCUGGGGCUAAAACAGGCUAAAAAAAGACCUAAUAAUUCCUCACUGUUAUUUUUAUUUCUAUUUUUUUUUAUGAAAUUUGGAGUUUAGAAUGUUACAUAGGCCUAUUUUAUUUCGUUUUCUUUUAUAUUAUCGUUUUUUUUUCAAUUUAAAGAUGAAAUUUUGGAAUGUAUUAAGAAAAAAAUUGGAUUUCCUUACGUACAGUACACACAUGCAUACACACGUACAUACGCAGGUAAAGGUAUGUACGUACAGAUAAAUUCGCUGAUUAAUUAAAGGUAACAUUGCACAGGUGAGUGACGUGACGAUGUGAGAAAAAUGUUUACAUCGCUCAAAGUUUAAAGUAUUGAAAGAUUUUUUUUAACGUCAUUACAAGUCAAUUAAUAAUGUGAUUUUUAGGUCUUUUCAAGGUCACGAAGGGAAUUUUACGGUGACAACAAGAUUAUUUGAGGUCAAAGUCAACUUACAAGAUUUUAAGGUCACUUCAAGGCCAUUUUUAAGAUCAAAGUCAAUUUACAAGAUUUUUAAGUUUCUUUUUCAAGGUCACCAAAAUUAUCGUCUGUUUUAGCCUCAUUUUAAUCUCACUUUUUAAAAACCCACCCUUUAACACACACACACACACACACACACACACUCAGGGGACGGGAGUAAUUUUUAAGGAUGUUUUAUGAGAUUUAAGGACAAUACCUGGUGCCUGGGUAGUAAUUUAAGGCUACAAGUGUACAUAGAGGCCAUGCAUCUGAAGGCUUGCUGGCUCUGACUGGGCAUUGUGGGGGACACUGUAAGAUAUGAGGCUGGGUGUGGCUUGGGCAUUUCUGUGAGUUUUUAAAGACAUUUUUCAACUGGUAAAUGUUAAGGAAAUGACAGUUUUUUUUGUGUUUUAAGGAACCAUAAAGUUUUAGGUGGUAAAUAUUUAAAGGAAUGUCAAAUUUUUAGGUGUGUGUUUAAAGAAAGGAAUGUCAGUUUUUUUUUUAGGUGGUAAUUGUUAAAGGAAUGAUGCUUUUAGGUGAUCAUUUAAAGGAAUGACAUGUUUUAAGUGAUGAACCUUAAGUAAACCAUAAUUUUUAGGUGAAUUAGAUAAAGAAAGACAUUUUCUAGGUGAUAAAUAUUAAGAGAAUUACUUUUUUUUUGGGGUAAUGAAUGUUUUAAAGGAACUGCAUUUUUUUUUUUAGAUGAUUUAAAAAAAAUGGCAAUUUUUUUAGGUGGUAAAUCUUAACGAAACCAAUAAUUUUUAGGUACUGAGUCGUAAAAGGAGAACAAAUUGUUAGAUGUUAAGUAAAGGAAGAACAAAUCUUUAGAUGAUAAAUAUUAAGGAAGCCACAGUUUUUUUAGGUAAAUAAAAAAAAAAUGCAUUUUUAGGUGAUAAACGAUACAGGAAAGACGGUUUUGUAGGUGAUAAGUGUUAAGGAAACCAUAAUUUUUUAAGGCAAUAAAUAUUAAAGGGUCAAAUUUUUUUUUUUAGGUGACGAAAUAAAACGGGAAUUUUUGAAUAAUAAUAACAUAAGAAAACAAGGGAAGCUGCAAUAAGCCAUUAGGCCUACACAUGGCAGGCCCUCAAUGAAGCACACCUGCCUAUUUCCACUUAUCAUCCCCAUCCAUGAAUCUGUCAUAACUUUCAAAGCUCCCUAAUGACUCAGCACUAACAACCUGAUUACUGAGUCCAUUCCAUUCAUCCACCACUCGAUUUGAGAACCAAUUCCUUCCUACCUCUUCCUUAAAUCUAACUUUUUCAAGCUUUAACCCAUUAUUUCUUGUUCUAUCCUUAUUACUGACUGAGAAUUUUGCUUACAUCACCUUUGUUAUGUCCUCUAUACCACUUAAAGACUUUUGUCAGGUCCCCUCUUAACCUUCGCCUUUCUAAGGAAUAUGAAUUGAAAAGUUUGUCUCGUUUCGUAAGGAAUACCCCUCAUUCCCUGUAUCCUUUUAGUCAUCCUCCUUUGUAUUGACUCAAAUAGACCUAUAUCCUUCCUGUAAUAUGGGGACCAGAACUGCACAGCAUAAUCUAGAUGAGCUCUGACCAGCGCCCAAUAUAACUUUAUUUUUACUUUGGGACUUCUACAUUUAGGAUUCUUAAAGAUGAAUCUGUUUUUGUGGUGAGAAUAAAAUUGAAACUCAAGCUUUUAGUGAGGAAGGGGAUUAAAAAUGUGGUUAAGGGUGUUGAUAGGGUGAGAAUACAAGAUUAGAGUGAUACUACAGUCGGGAUUCAGAAUUUUGGGAUUAGAAAGAGGGUGUGAAUCGAUGUUUUAGGGUGAGAAUGGCAUUGAAGCAAAAAAUUUUGGUGAGAAAGGGGAAUUAGAAUUAGGGUUAAGGGUGCUGAUAGGGUGAGAAUACAAGAUUAGGGUGAUAUGAAAUAGAAUUUGGAGUUUUAGGGUGUGAAAAGGUUUGGAUUCUGAAAUUUAGGUGAAGAAGAGAAUCAGAAAUGUUUAAGGGGAUAAAAGAUAAAGGAAUAUUUUUUUUUAAUUAAAUUUAGCUGGUCACGAAAAAGGACUGGUUUAUUUAUAUCAUUGUACAUACAAGUAGAAUAUUCAUUAUCUAUAUGUAUUGAUGAUGAUGAUGAUGAUGAUGGUGAUGAUGAUGAUGACAAAGUUACUACCUACACAGUUAUUAUUUAUUUGUUAUGAUUAUCGUGUCGUCUAUUUAUUCAAGCUCAUACUGUGCGUUCAUAUUCGUUCGUAAAUUAUGUGUAUUGUUGUUAUUUAGUUCUUGUUCUUUAGUUUUGCGUUGAUGGUCUUGUUAGGUUCAGUCUUAAGGAUCCACACAGGCUGAAAUAAAUGUAGAAAUAGUUGUGAAAGUACGAGAGUUGCAAAGAAAAAAAAAUGCGAUUGUAAAAAAAAGAGAAAAAAAGAGAAAAACAAUAUGAUGUCAUAAGAAAAGAAAUAGGAACUAUGAUAAUUACGAAAAAGGAAUGUGUGAUUAUGAGAAAUAGGAUAAAAAAAAUGAAAGUCAAAUAGCAUAAAUAAAUAGGUAAAUAAGAAAUAAUAGAAUAAAUAAAGAACAAAAAUGUAGUUGUAAGAAAAUAGAUAAGUAAACAAAUGAACACAUAAAUAAUAAAUAAAAGUGCAAUUGUAAAAAAAAAGUGCAAUAAAAACGUAAGUGAACGAAAUAGUAAAAAUAGAAAACGUAUUCAUAUAGAGAUAUAUAUGACAGGGAGCUCUUGCAAUUAAAGAAAACGGGAUGCAGUUCCUCUUCUAUCUAGUUCUGGAGUUGUUUACAUGAGUAUUGUAAUGUGGCACUAAAAAAAAAAACACAUUAAAUAUAAAAUUAGUGGAAAAAUGUAAGAUGCAACAAUUUCACAUACAUACAUACAUACAUACAUACAUACACACUCCCUAUCUAUACUGUCUACCUAAACAUACAUACAUACAUACAGUGUUUAUGUAUUUAUGUAUCUACCUGUUUACCUAUACAUACAUACAUGCAUACAUACAUACAUACAUACAUACAUACAUACAAGAAUAUACACUUAAUAUUUACCUAUUCAGAUAUUUUCCUCUUUUACCUAUACAUACAUAUACGUAUACAUUCACACAUUCAUACAUACAUAUAUACAAAAAAUACGUAAAUGUAAUGAAUAGAUAUAUUAAGAGAAUUAAUGGCAAUACGAAAUGGUGGCAGCGGGUGGGAUGCUAGUGAUUAUAUAACACUAAAAAUACACACAAAGUUAUCCCUAAAAUUAUAAAGAAAAAAAAAAACUCGUCAAAUAUAUUAUAACCGUGUGAGAAAAUGUUACAUAGUGAACAUUCUAGGCAAAUUAGUAGAAUGGAUAGUGUGAAUAGAACACAAAGGACGAACAAACAGCAGCAUAUUUGUUAGCUCCGACAAGGCUGUAUUUUUUCUGAUAAGUAGUGAAAGAUGUGUUAUUUAUUUAUAUUGCAUUUUUUUUUUAAAUAUUGGCGAUAGUAAUUUGAAUGUGAUAGGAAAGUUUUAUAAUUUAAAAAGUAGUCACGGGAUUAGUCGUUGUUGUUGUUGUUGUUGUUAUUAUUAUUAUUAUUAUUAUUAUUAUUAUUAUUAUUAUUAUUAUUAUUAUUAUUAUUAUUAUUAUUAUUAUUUUUAUUAUUAUUAUUAUUACUAUUAUAAUUAUUUUAGUAGAAUUCUUAAAUCUGACAUACGAUGCGUCUCUCUCUCUCUCUCUCUCUCUCUCUCUCUCUCUCUCUCUCUCUCUCUCUCUCUCUCUCUCUGAACAGUUUUCUUCUUCUUCUUCUUCUUCUUCUUCUUCUUCUUCUUCUUCUUCUUCUUCUUCUUCUUCUUCUUCUUCCUCUUCUUCUUCUCCUUCUUCUUCUUCUUCUUCUUCUUAAUUAACACUUUAAACUAACUUGUGAAAUAUAGCGUAGUUGAAAUAUUUUUUCUUUUGAUUUUCUUAUUUUUUUCUAAUACUAACAACGUGUAAUGGCCGAAUUGGUCGUUACGAGGUGAUGGCAGACUAUAUUUAGUCUUAUUAGUGGUAAUGACUCAUUUUGUAGUCACGGUGGCCGAUUUAUUGACGUGUGUGUGUGUGUGUGUGUGUGUGUGUGUGUGUGUGUGUGAAGAGAAAGAGAGAGAGAGACAGUCAUUAUUAUAGUUAUUAAGCAACUCUCUCUCUCUCUCUCUCUCUCUCUCUCUCUCUCUCUCUCUCUCUCUCUCUCUCUCUCUCUCUCUCUCUCUCUCU